AUGUCGCCGGAUUCUCACUACACAUACACACCUAUCGACCUCAAAACCGAUGCAAUCCGUCUCAUACGUCUUCUCAGAGGCCGCGUGGACGAACCGGUUCGAUGUGAACUGUUUGAGACCUUUCUCCACCAGGUUGAAGGUGUCCCUUAUGAGGCUCUCUCCUAUGCGUGGGGUGAUGCGCCAAUAUCAAAGGAAAUUGAACUAUGCGGGAAGAAGGCUGCGGUGACAGAAAAUCUCUACUUGGCCUUGAGUUGUCUGAGGCAGCCAGACGAGGAUCGAAUCCUAUGGGUUGACGCCCUGUGUAUCGACCAAAGGAGCCAUCGAGAAAAGAACCACCAGGUGAAGCAAAUGAGGCUGGUUUAUUCCAACGCCCAGAAUGUGCACAUAUGGCUUGGGCCAGGUACGGACGACAUCGAUCUUCUCAUGGGUUUGAUGAGCCAGCUGGACAAGCGAGCAACUAAAAGGAAGAACUGUCGAAGGAAUUCGCCAGAUGCUUGGGUUAAGGAGUGGUCAAUAUUGGUGAAGAGAGACGGAACGGGCGAGACCAGCAUCAAAACAUGCCGGGUCAACGCCUUGAAAGAUAUGUUAAGCCGGCCAUGGUUCAAGAGGGUAUGGAUCCUCCAAGAGGUUUUCAGCGCCAGGAGCGCUGUUAUCAGCUGUGGUCUCAACACCAUUCCGUCACGGGUGUUUGUUCUCAUGCCCAAGCUAAUGGUGUUAGAAGUUGACGAGCACACCCAAGCUGUCUUGGAUAUCAUGCCCGGAUACUUGCGGCAAAAGUCAUGGUGGAAAGACGCACCGGAUCUGUGUUCACUCCUGGGGCGGUUCGGUGCAAGCAAGGCCACCGAUCCACGCGAUAAUAUCUAUGCGCUGAUCGGCAUAGCGUCGGAUGCAAGUGCUGAUGGGAUACUGCAGCCAGACUACAACAUGUCCCUGCACCGAGUGAUUGAAAACACGAUUUUGUAUCUGAAAUAUCGACAAAUACCGAGCAUCCCAGGCCCUGAGCCGUCUACGAAGUGGGACUUGAAGCAUCUACUAAAUCAACUGGACCAGAUCCCCAGUCAGGCCUUUCAAUGGGCAAUCAAACAAGGAAACCAAGCAGCGGCGGCAGCAGUCGUUGCCAGGCCAAGCUUCCACGUCAACGCCUGGCACACCUCUCGAGGACCACCGUUGGUCUUUCUAGCCGACAAACCAGGAUACGAGUCCCUCUUCUCUUGCCUCCUCGUCCUUCCUCACUGCAACACCAACGUGAAGGAUUGCCACGGUGACACGGCGCUCAACAUCAUCGCCCUCCAGGGCCACCUCGAAAUGGCCAAGCUCCUCCUCAACUGCAACGACGUCAACGUCAACCACAAAGGCCGCGGAGGGCAAACCCCCCUCGGCUCCGCCCUCAUGUACGGACACCAUCUCAUCGUCGAUAUGCUCCUCGCCCGGCCCGACAUCGAUAUCAACCUCCCCUCCGGCCUCAACGGCAUCCCCUUCACCCCCCUGUACAUAGCCUGCGAAGACAACAAAUCGACCUAUGUGAACAAGCUCCUCGACCGGGGCGCCGAACUGGAGACUCCCUGCAACGAAAACGCUUCUACCGCCCUGUGGGUAGCCUGCAGCCAGGGACACCAACCCAUCGCCAAAACCCUGGUCUCCCGCGGCGCCAAAAUUGACGCAAAGGACUCGUCAGGACGGACACCGCUCUGGAUGGCGGCCGUUGCCAAUCACCCCUACUGCGUGAGGAUGCUUCUCGAUGAAAAGGCCGACUACGGGCCCGGAGCAUCAAGCGAGAAUAGAACCGUGCUAUGGAAGACAGCAUCGAUGGGGCACGGCAACGCCGUCAAGGCGCUGACGAUGUAUUUCCAGCAAAAGGGGGUUGUGCACGAGGUCUUGCAGCAGGAGAGGGACUCCGAGAACCAGACUAGUGCGCUCUGGAUCGCGGCGAGGAACGGGCACACGAGCGUGGCGCAGCAGCUGAUUGGGUUUGGGAUGGAUAUUGAUUCUUCGGGACACUAUGGGCAGACGGCGCUGUGGAUUGCUGCCAGGCAUGGACACGCAGAGACGGUGCUGAUGCUGCUCAGGGAGGGGGCGGAUAGGGAGGUGUUGGAUGUGUAUAAUGGGUUGACGGCGAGGGAGGCGGCGGAGGAGUUUUGGCAGGAGAGGGUGGUGGAUGUGUUUCGGACGGAGGAAGGGUGGGAGAAGGCGAGGGUGGUGAGCAAAUUGGCUUUUUGA